AUGAUUAAUACUGAAAUUGGUCCCACAUCCAAAUGGCAUUUUUCCAUGAAAACUAGCUUGACCGUUGUCCUCGAGGUCCGCAUGUCAUGUGAAGACUGUGCUGGAGUUGUGAAGAGAGCUUUAGAGACCAUGGAAGGUGUGGAAUCAGUUGACAUAGAUUUGCAGGAGCAGAAAGUAACCAUUAAAGGGUACGUGCAGCCUGAUGCGGUUUUGCAGAUUGCGUGCAAGGCAGGGAAGAAGGCUACCUUCUUUCAAUAUGAUAUUUUUAGUCCUUUUAAGUAACCCGUUUAUUUGUUUUUGUAA